CAAGAUGGCGGCGGCGGCCGGUUCCGGGGGGCCCGGGGCGCCGUGCGGGGCUGCGGGCAGGGCGCUGCCCUGAGCCGGGCGGGCCGGCGGCGAGCAUGGCGGCGGGCGGCGGCUCGCCGAGCAUCGUGGAGUACUUCGGCGGGGAGGACGGCUACCGCUGCGGCUACUGCAAGAACGAGACCGGCAACCUCUCCCACGGUAUGUGGGCACAUUCAAUGACAGUUCAAGACUACCAGGAUCUCAUAGAUAGAGGAUGGCGAAGAAGUGGAAAAUAUGUCUACAAACCUAUCAUGAAUCAGACGUGUUGUCCUCAGUAUACAAUAAGAUGCCAGGCGUUGCGUUUUCAGACUUCCAAAUCUCACAAGAAAGUUCUGAAGAAAAUGUUGAAAUUUAUUUCCAAAGGAGAUGUUUCGAAAGUGGUGAGUGAAGAAGAGCCUAUGGAUUCCCAUAUAGAGGAUGUAGUCCCGAGCGAUUUUGCAUAUAAAAGCGAAUCUCAGGUCAGCCAGACUGAACUGACUCCCUUGAAUGAGGAUCACGCAGAGGGAGUGGAGAAUGAAGAUAAGGACAACGUUGAAACGAAAGAAGAAACGAAUGUGAAGAAGGUGGAGUCGGGUUCUCUUCAGAUACCUGUAGAUAAAGAUGCAGCAGGCCCUGGAGAACCAUCCCAUUCUUCUAAAACUGUUCAUGCACCGCCCAAGCCAGGCAAAGGGGCUGAUCUGAGCAAGCCGCCGUGUCGAAAAGCAAAGGACAUACGGAAAGAAAGAAAACUGCAGAAACUCCUUCAGAACCAGAUGGGCACACUUGAAGGCUCUCCACUUCAAGCAGGGCAUCAAGCUCUCCUCUCACAAAACUCUAAGACUCCAACAAACCAACCCAAAUCUAUUGAAGACUUCAUUUUUGUCUCUUUGCCUGAUGAUACACCACACAAAUUAGAGGUGAGGGUGGUGAGAUCAUCUCCACCAAGUUCACAGUUCAAAGCCACAUUUCAGGAGUCUUACCAGGUCUAUAAACGUUACCAGAUGGUUAUUCACAAGGACCCACCUGAUAAACCAACUAUAAAUCAGUUCACACGAUUCCUCUGUGAUUCUCCUCUUGAGGCAGAGAAUCCCCCAAAUGGACCAGAGUGCGGCUAUGGUUCUUUUCACCAGCAGUAUUGGCUAGAUGGGAAGAUAAUUGCUGUGGGUGUAAUUGAUAUCCUGCCCUACUGCGUGUCCUCUGUCUAUCUGUACUACGAUCCAGACUAUUCCUUCUUAUCUUUGGGAGUCUACUCUGCAUUACGGGAAAUUGCGUUUACUAGGAAACUUCAUGAAAAAGCUCCUGAUCUCUGUUUUUAUUAUAUGGGUUUCUACAUUCAUUCAUGCCCCAAAAUGAGAUACAAGAUCAUCUAGGUCACGUCGUGUGCUCUGAGGAGGUCCAAGACAUCCACAUAAUAUUUUGCUGAAGUAUUCUGCUUUCAGUUUUCAUGCAAUUCCUCCUAAAAUGCCAUCUAUAUGUUUAUCCAAGAACGUUUCUUUGAGCAGCCAUCUUGCAGUACGGCCACAGCUUUACACCAGUUGCCUUGCGUGGGGCACAGCUGCCAAGAGGUUUAUCCAGUGCUGAGCGAGUCGGGCUGAAUUCACAGGCAGUGUGUUUUUGGUGGUCAGUGUGUCACAUUUUCAUCUCUACAAUUCUAUUUCUACAAAUGGUACAAUUUAUAGUGUAAAUAAAGUGUUUUGCCCAUUGAAGAUCAGAAGCGUGAAUGUCCUGGAAGAGGAUCCUCGAGGCAAUGUUCCUGUGGGUCAGGAAUAGAGUUGAAGAAUCCGGUGUUCUCAGGUAGCAAGCUGAUGGGUAAAGAACGUCAUCCGUCCCAUGGAACAGAUCUGUAAUUACACAAGUUCUUAAAAGGGAACUUUAUUUCUUGACUCCUUCCUCCCUUCCCUUUCCUUUUGUUUCCAAACAGCUCACAUUUGAUUGCAAUGUGAUUAUUGAAACGGUGGAGUACCAGGGAAGUCACCAAAGAUGGCGAGGGGAAUAUGUAGUAAUCUUAAACUAUUUUUUAGUUCUCAGCUCUUAGACUUGUUCCCAUGUAUGGGUUAAUAUUUAUGAGCUGGUAAAAUAAAACCUACAUUAAAUUUAGACAAAAGGAUUUCUGUAGUUCUAUUAACUAUAUUAAUACGGAAAAAUGUUAUGAAAAACAUGAAGCAAUGGCUUUUUUCCAUUUUUUCAGGGUAGAAUAGGGUAAUACAAGAUUAAAAUGGUUCUCUGUAGAAAUUCACGACCUUGUGGUAAAACUUUUCAGGCUCUGUUAGAUGUGGUAGUUCUUAUGUUGGAAAAAUAGUCUGGAAAAUUUUCCAGCACUCAUAAGAUGCAAAGUCUUUCCUAAUGCAUUUUGGAGCCAGUGAUAAAAGUCUAAGUACAAGAAGGUAUUUUAUUUUAGAAUGAUGUUGGUCUCAGGCUCGUUUCUCAUGUAUUUAAGUGCUGUAUCUGUAAUUGUAAAUGCAUUUUCAGUUGAAGACAUUCGUUUACAAACAUAUUUAUGGAAUUUCAGAAAUAAACCAGCUUUAGUGAACACCUACAUCAGAA